ACCAAAAAAUAUAAAGAGAAAUGAGUGCAUGAAUAACAACUAGCAACUAGGGUUUUAAAGAGAGGCUACUCCUCUGUCUCUUCCGUUCGUAGCAGGGAGCUCCAGCGUAUCUCUCAACUUCAGAAUGGCUAGAGGAUUGAAGAAGCAUUUGAAGAGGCUCAAUGCCCCAAAGCAUUGGAUGCUUGACAAACUGGGUGGUGCUUUUGCUCCCAAGCCCUCAUCUGGACCACACAAAUCUAGGGAAUGCCUGCCACUCAUUCUCAUUUUGCGAAACCGGCUGAAGUAUGCCCUGACAUACCGCGAAGUCAUUGCUAUUCUGAUGCAACGACAUGUCCUCGUUGAUGGCAAAGUCAGGACAGACAAGACAUAUCCUUCUGGUUUUAUGGAUGUUGUAUCCAUCCCCAAAACAAAUGAGAACUUCCGGCUGCUGUAUGACACUAAAGGUAGAUUCCGCCUUCACUCAGUCAGGGACGAGGAAGCUAAGUUCAAGCUCUGCAAGGUUCGAUCAGUGCAGUUUGGGCAAAAGGGUAUCCCAUACCUGAACACCUAUGAUGGGCGCACUAUUCGCUACCCAGACCCUGUCAUCAGAGCCAAUGACACCAUUAAGUUGGACUUGGAGGAAAACAAGAUUGUUGAUUUCAUCAAAUUUGAUGUUGGGAAUGUAGUUAUGGUAACAGGUGGAAGGAAUAGAGGGCGUGUUGGAGUGAUCAAGAGCAGAGAGAAGCACAAGGGAAGCUUUGAGACUAUCCAUGUUCAAGAUGCUACUGGGCACGAAUUUGCAACUCGUCUGGGCAAUGUGUUUACCAUCGGCAAGGGAACAAAACCUUGGGUAUCUCUUCCCAAGGGUAAAGGUAUUAAGCUUUCGAUCAUCGAGGAAGCUAGGAAGAGGAUUACCGCCCAACAAGCUACUGCUGCUUAAAUUUUUAUUAGGCUAUGAAUAGACUACUCUUGAGUGCUUGUAGUUUUUAUGUGAUGGUUUUUGCUUUCUAAUUUAUUAUCUGGAGAUUUUAUCCGUUGAAUUUUGUCAUAGAACUCUUAUUGCUGCUGUUAUAACAUUCAUGAAGGAAUCUUUCCAUUC